AUGGAGUUUCUGAGCGAGAAGUUUGCCCUCAAGAGCCCACCGAGUAAAAACAGUAACUUUUACAUGGGCGCAGGAGGCGCGUUGGAGCACGUUAUGGAGACGCUGGACAAUGAGUCCUUUUACAGCAAAGCGUCGGCGGGCAAAUGCGUGCAGGCCUUCGGGCCCCUGCCCCGCGCCGAGCAUCACGUGCGCCUGGAGAGGACCUCGCCCUGUCAGGACGGCAGCGUGAACUAUGGGAUCACUAAAGUAGAAGGACAGCAGCCUCUUCACACCGAACUAAAUAGAGCUAUGGACAACUGUAACAGUCUCCGGAUGUCUCCCGUGAAAGGGAUGCCAGAGAAGGGAGAACUGGAUGAACUUGGGGAUAAAUGUGACAGCAACGUAUCCAGCAGUAAGAAACGGAGACACCGAACCACCUUUACCAGCUUGCAGCUGGAGGAGCUGGAAAAGGUCUUUCAGAAAACCCAUUACCCGGAUGUAUACGUCAGAGAACAGCUUGCUCUGAGGACUGAGCUGACUGAGGCCAGGGUCCAGGUUUGGUUUCAAAAUCGAAGGGCCAAGUGGAGAAAAAGAGAACGUUAUGGCCAAAUCCAGCAAGCUAAAAGCCAUUUUGCUGCCACCUAUGACAUAUCAGUUUUGCCAAGGACUGACAGCUAUCCACAGAUUCAGAACAAUUUGUGGGCAGGAAAUGCGAGUGGUGGUUCUGUGGUCACUUCAUGCAUGUUACCACGUGACACUUCCUCCUGUAUGACACCUUACUCUCACUCGCCUCGGACAGAUUCCAGUUACACAGGGUUUUCAAACCACCAGAACCAGUUCAGCCACGUGCCCCUCAACAAUUUUUUCACUGACUCUCUUCUUACCGGGGCUACCAAUGGACAUGCAUUUGAAACAAAGCCAGAGUUUGAAAGGAGGUCCUCCAGUAUCGCAGUUCUUCGAAUGAAAGCCAAGGAGCACACUGCCAAUAUUUCAUGGGCCAUGUAA